GGCGACGUUACAAAGAGGCUCAAUGUCCCAGCACUGCACCAGCGAGCCGGGGGAGAGGGGAGUUGGCCUCAAUGACAGGCGACGGGGACGCCUGCCUCAGCGCAGCAGGAAAGAUGGCCGAAGCGGGGAGAACUUCGUCCUCUCAGGAGCCAAGGAGAGCUUCAUCGUCAAGGACUAGGAAGUCUCAAGGUGGCAGGCCUUUUAAUAGGCCUUCCACUGUCCCUCAGCUCAAAGCACCUCAGACGGACCUGCUCCUCAAGGAGGAAGAAUACAAGCGCCUGAAUGCAGAGCUGGAAGCAAAAACUGCUGAACUUGUUCAGCAGGCAGAAGAACUUAUGAGAGAACAAAAUGAAGUCUUGGCAAAGCCAAUCCCGUCUCACAUUGGCUUCAACUUAGACAUUGAGGAUGAUGAGGAGGAUUACAGCAACCUCAGUCUCAUAUCACCUACUGAAAAGCAGCCACCUGUAAAGGCAGUGAACAAAAGGAAGAAUAUGUCAAAAAAUGCUGCUGUACAAAACAGACCUCCAUCAGGACAGCAGAUUAAGUCAAAAGCAUUGGCAGCCUCUGCAGCAGAUGACGUCGCAAUAGUUGAAGACUCUGUGGACUUCUCCCUGGCGAAGACCAUAAGCAGCAUCAAGGGCAAAAUGGAGGAAGGUGCCACACCCGAAGAUGUAAUGGAUGAUGUGAUGCCCAGUGUUGGGGAGGAAAUGGGAUCUGAGGCACAGAUUCGAUAUCUUAAGGCCAAACUUCGGGUGACGCAGGAAGAAGUGAACAGGCUGUGUCAUGAGUGCAACAAAAAGGAUGAUGAAAUUUGCAGCUUGACGACCAAAAUGAAGGAGUCCGAGGCAGAGCGAAGCAGGCUGCAGAGGACGACCAGCGUCCAACAAGCGCAGAUGGAAAAGAACAAGGCAUUAGCGGAAGACUGCAGUAGGAAGAGUGAGGGGCUGCAGCAACAGGUGGAGGUCUUAAAGAAGGAAGUAGAGAGCUUGAGAAGGGUGCAGAAGCAGGCAGCAAGCACACACAGCGCUACGGAGGUCAGGCUGAACCGGGCCCUGGAGGAAGUGGAGAGAUGCAAGGCGCAGCUGUGUAAGAUAAAGCAGAGCGGCAAGGAUUCUGCCAGCCAGGAGCACCAGAAAAUGGAAGUGCUUCGGGCCGAGAACAAGAAGUUAGAAAAACAGAAAGCAGAACUUGUAGCUGGCUUUAAGAAACAGCUCAGACUGAUAGACAUAUUAAAAAGACAAAAGAUGCACUUUGAAGCCGCAAAGAUGCUGUCCUUUACUGAAGAGGAAUUCGUGAAAGCUCUGGACUGGGAGACAUCAUAGAGCAAGACAGAAGAAUGCAACUGAGUAAAAUGUAAAAUACAUUGGUUUUAUGAUUUGGCUCCAACUGUAAGCAGAUCCCACUGAUCAUUUUCUGAUAACCCAUGAAAACAGGCACUGUGAUAAAGCAACUGCGGACUCUCGACGUCUUUGACUUUUUUAAAUGGAUGUUUUAUAUUAUGGCAAGUCCUAAUAAAAUUUAGUUCUGGCAUAAAA